AUGAAAACGUGGAGCGAAUUGAGCGCUAACCUGACUUCUGUAGAGCGAGUACUAGAAUACACAGAAUUGCCGCAAGAACUAGACGACGGUACUUUCGUUCCACCACCAUCGUGGUCCCAAGUCGGACAAAUCGAGUUUAAAUCAAUAUCGAUGCGGUACUCUCCAGACAAACCUUUAGUACUAAAAAACAUUGAGAUUAAAAUUCACCCAAGGGAAAAAAUUGGAAUCGUUGGCAGAACUGGAGCCGGAAAAAGCUCUCUGGUGUCCACUCUGUUUCGUCUAACGCAUUUCGAAGGUCAGAUUCUCAUGGAUAACGUAGACACCAAAAUCGUACCGCUGAAUGUUUUGAGAUCUAAAAUCACCAUCAUUCCACAAGAUCCGAUACUAUUCGUAGGUCCUUUAAGAAAAAAUUUAGAUCCGUUUGAUGAAUUUAGUGAUUCUCAAGUUUGGAGUGCCUUGGAGGCUUUCAACCUGAAAGCGUUAGUAGCAAAUUUGCCACAGAGUCUUCAGACUCUGGUGGACGAAGGUGGUUCCAACUUUAGCGUAGGACAGAAACAGUUGUUGUGUUUGUCGCGAGCGAUGUUGAAGAAGACUAAGAUUUUUGUCUUGGAUGAAGCUACGGCUAAUGUUGAUUUGCAAGCGGAUGAAGCAAUUCAGGCCACCAUUCGAGAAAAAUUUAAAGAUUGCACAAUUUUGGUGAUAGCGCAUCGCUUAGAAACUGUUAUGGAUUCCGAUAAAGUUUUAGUUAUGGAUGAUGGCAGGGUUGUAGAAUUUGGAAAACCUGAGGAAUUGUUGAUAAAUCAAGAUGGAAUUUUUUCUCAAGCAGUACAGCGACGUGUAGAAGAGUGA